UGUUUGCAACAACACAAUUUUCCGAUAAUAUAUUUUUAUCAAAUUGAAUUUUUCCUAAAUUAGUAAAAAAAAGUGAAUAGAAAAUGUCGAAAAUUACCGUACAGGAUAUAGAAGCAGUGGAUGAUUAUUGGGGACCUACAUUUCGAUCAAUUUUAGAAGGAAACAACAAGGAAUCAAUAUCGGAACAAUUGGAACAACGUAUACGCAGUCAUGAUAAAGAUAUCGAACGUAUUUGUAAUCUUUCCUAUCAGGGUUUCAUAGACUCUAUACAAGAGCUAUUGCAGGUGAGAACACAGGCCCACCAAUUGGCAACGGAAGUGCAAACUUUGGACAAAUCAUUGCAACAAAUUAGUGCAUCGCUAAUACAACAAGGUAAUGAUUUGGUAAAGGCACGACAAAUUGAAUCGAAUUUAGCCUCAGCCAUUGAUGCUCUACAAGAAUGUCUGCCGGCUUUGGAAUGUUACAUAAAAUUUUGCCAACAGGCUUCCAACAAACAAUACUAUCAGUCUUUGCGCACUUUGGAGACCUUGGAGUUACAACACUUGCCCAAAUUGCAAAGUUACAAAUUUGUCACUCAAAUGCGUCAUGCCAUACCAGUGAUUAAGGAGAACAUAAGACGUUCGGCAGAGGUAGAUUUUCGGGAAUUUUUGGAAAAUAUUCGAAGAUUUUCACCCAAAAUCGGCAAGGAGGCCAUUGAGCAUACGAAAAAGUUACAAAAACGUGAUAUUAACACUAUCAUUGAGGAUCAUAAGAAAUCUUUGAAGAACAAGGAGAAUGCCGUAGACGAGGAUAAUCUAUCGGCUCAAGAUUUAAUCGAUUUUUCACCCAUUUAUCGUUGUCUGCAUAUCUAUACGGUGCUGGGUCAGCGGGAGUACUUUGAAAAAGAUUAUCGCCAACAAAGACGUGAUCAAUCGAAAUUGGUAUUGCAACCUCCACCAGGCAUGCAUGACAAUUUAGAUGCUUAUAAAUUGUAUAUUUGUGCUAUUGUGGGUUUCUUUGUGGUGGAAGAUCAUGUUAAGAAUACUGCUGGCGAUGUUGUCACUACGGCAUAUUUAGAGGAAUUGUGGUCUUCUUCAUUGACAAAAUUUGUCAAUGAAAUAAGCAUGAGCUCUUCAUCUUGUACGGAUCCUAAUAUAUUGCUUAGGAUUAAGAAUUUGAUUAUGUUGUCUAUAAAUACUUUUAAGUGUUAUGGAUAUACGGUCAAUAUUUUGUGGGAGUUGCUGCAGAAUAUGCGGGAUCAUUAUAAUGAGGUUUUACUCCAACGUUGGGUUCAUGUUUUCCGCGACAUACUCGAUAGAGAACAAUUUCUUCCCAUGAUUGUGGAAAACCAAGAGGAAUACGAGUCAAUAAUCGAACGUUUUCCCUUUCACUCGGAACAAUUGGAAAAUGCACCAUUUCCCAAGAAAUUUCCUUUCUCACGCAUGGUACCCGAAGUUUAUCACCAGGCCAAGGAGUUCAUGUAUGCUUGCAUGAAAUUUGCCGAGGAUUUGACACUCUCACCCAAUGAAGUGGCAGCCAUGGUACGUAAGGCUGCAAAUCUUUUGCUAACUAGAAGUUUUAGCGGUUGUCUGUCUGUGGUUUUCCGCAAUCCCAGUGUAGCCUUGCCGCAGUUGAUACAGAUUAUUAUAGAUACUCAAUAUCUAGAAAAAGCCAGUCCAUUUUUAGAUGAAUUCGUUUGUCACAUGACCAAUACGGUGAGCAGUGUUACUCAGACACCCUCAGCCAUGUUUCAUGUGGCCCGCCAGGAUGCUGAAAGACAAGUGGGCAUACGUAUUUGCUCGAAAAUUGAUGAGUUCUUUGAACUCUCCGAAUAUGAAUGGUUGUUGGUGGAGCCGCCCGGCAAAGCCUCUGCUUAUAUCACCGACAUGAUUUCCUAUUUAUCCAGUACUUUUGAAAGUUUCUCCACCAAAUUGCCCUCCAUAGCUCAGACCGCCUGCCAUCGUACAUGCGAACAUAUGGCGGAAAGAAUCUGGUCUCUAUUGUUUGAUGAUGAGGUGAAACAAAUCUCUACGGGUGCUUUGCAACAAAUCAAUUUGGAUUUACUGCAAUGUGAAUUUUUCGCCGCCAAAGAACCAGUGCCCGGCUUAAAAGAGGGUGAACUUACUAAAUACUAUUUGAAAUGUCGCCAGCUGCUGGAUUUACUAACCAUGGAGGAAUGGGCCACCUACCUGCAUGACUAUGGCACCAAAGAAGAUCGCUAUCAUUUGGUUCAUCCCCAAUUUAUCAUUAUCAUAUUGGAGAAAAUCCGUGAGGCCGACAAGAAGACCAUGUUUUCGGGUUUGCGCAAAAAUGACAAAAAGAAAUUAUUGGAAACGGUUUUGAAACAAUUGAAACAUUUGGCCGAAAGACAAAAUUAGCUUUAAAAGGCUAGUUUUAUUUGAAAAAAAGAAAACAUUCCUUUGAAAGGAUUAUUAUUAUGAACAUAUUUUUCUAAAUAUAUAGUUUUUUUUAACAAUUGGUAUUAUUUUUAAUUUAACAAAAGAAAUUAUAAUUUAUUUUGUGCUACUAACUUUUACAAUUAUUUUAAGUUUUAUUAGGCAAUAUAUAAAAUGGCUUUAUAUUUAUGUGAAUAAAUAAAGGAAAUUAAAAUGUAUAA